AUGUUCUCCGCCGGACUCAAGACCGUCGUCGGUCUAGCCUUUGUCCUCGCGAUGGGUUUCCUGCUCGUCAUCCUCUCGUGUGCGCUCUGGGCGAACUGGUUGCCGCUAUUAGUCGCGGCGACAUUCGUCAUUGCGCCGAUACCCAACUCGUUGUGUUCGAGGUUCGCAGGAGCAGACGACAUCUCCCCGGAAUACAACAGCUCUUAUACCGACUUUGGCCACUUCCUAACGGGCAUGCUAGUCGUAGCAGGGUUUGCCGAACCCCUCUUGUUCUCGCAUGCCAACUUGGUCGAACCAGCUGCAUGCUGGAUGAGCAUGAUCGGUGGCGGCCUGAUUUACGGGACGAUCUUGACGUAUUCGGGGUUGUUCGAUGAGGGCAAGGGGUAUGAUUUCUAG